AACAUUUUUCAAACAAGUUUAUAUUUGGAUAUUAAUGAAUUGAUCUAAAUUCAAACAGUAUCAUCUCUCUCUUCUCUCUCUGUCAUGGAGGUAGUCUGGUGCACACUGACUCUCAUUUUCUCCAUCUUCUUCAUCCUCAAACUCCUCUCUCCACAAAAAUCCAACCUCCCACCUACUCCACUCUCUCUCCCUAUCAUCGGCCACCUCCACCUACUUAAAACCCCACUUCAUCUCUCUCUGAAAACCCUCUCCGAUCGCCACGGUCCCCUCCUGUCCCUCCGCUUCGGCUGCUGCCCCACCGUCGUGGUUUCAUCUCCCUCCACCGCCGAACAAUUCUUCACCCACCACAACGACAUCGCAUUCGCCAACCGACCCAAGUCCCUCGCAAGCAAGCACCUCGGCUACAACGGCACCACCAUGGGAUUCAACCCCUACGGCGAUCUCUGGCGCAACCUCCGCCGCGUCACCACCAUCCAGAUCUUCUCCUCCGCCAGCCUCCACCACUCCUCCGCCGUCCGAAUCGAGGAAAUUCGGUUUAUCGUCGGAAAGAUGUUUCGAGCCUCAGGUGGGGAAACCCAGAAGGUGAAUCUGAAAUCUGUGUUCUAUGAGUUGGUUAUGAAUGUGCCGAUGAGGAUGGUUGCCGGAAAAAGGUGGUCGCCGGCGGCGGACGGUGUGUUUGGUCCGAAUUCGAUAUUGGAUAUUUGUGAUUACAUACCCAUAUUGAGGUGGGUCGGGUUCAAUGGAUAUGAGAAAAGACUGGUGAAUUUGCAGAGGAAGAGAGAUUGGUUUUUUCAGGAUCUGAUUGAUGAGGUGCGACAAAACAAGAUUAAUAAUUCUUCGACGAAACAGAGAAAGACCAUAAUUGAAGCUUUGUUGUCUCUACAAGAAAUAGAGCCUGAAUACUACACGGAUGACAUCAUCAAAGGCAUCGUAGUGUUAAUGUUCACAGCAGGAACACACACAUCCUGGCUUACCAUGGAAUGGGCAGUGUCACUUCUCUUGAAUCAUCCAGAGGCAUUGCAAAAGGCGAGAACUGAGAUAGACAACCAUGUCGGAACAGGGCAACUUCUAGAGGACUCUGAUCUCUCUAAACUACGUUAUCUCCAUUGCAUCAUCAACGAGACACUCAGGCUAUUCCCAGUUGCACCUCUUCUUCUACCCCAUUUUUCAUCAGAAGAUUGUGUUGUAGACGGAUUCAACAUUCCACGAGGAACAACGCUGUUGGUGAACGCUUGGGCCAUUCACAGGGAUCCCAAUUCGUGGGAUGAGCCUACCCGGUUCAAGCCAGAGAGGUUUGAAGGGGUUGAAGGGGGACGCGAAGGUUUCAAGUUUAUCCCAUUUGGAGUGGGGAGAAGAGCAUGUCCUGGGGCUGCCUUGGCAAUAAGGGUAAUUGGGUUAGCGUUGGGUACAUUGAUUCAGUGCUUUGAGUGGGAAAGAGCGACUUGAGCAAAGGAUCUGGGCCAACUUUGCCUAAGGCCAAGCCCUUAGAGGCUAUGUACAGACCUCGGCCUUCCAUGAUAAGUCUCCUUUCUCAGCUUUGAGUAGUGUCUACUGUUCAAAUGUCCCUUCCCCCUUUACGGUUCUCUGUUUUCAUGUAUGUGCUAGUGGUUUUGGAAGCAACUAAUAAGGAUUGUACAGAACAAUUAUCCUAUCUUGAGUUGUAAUAUAAAGUGAGUGUUUGUGAAAA